AUGCCCGACCCUCUGCCGAAGAUCAAGGUGAACGACGUGCAGUAUCCUGUCGGUACCGCUAAUGGAGCGGCGAGCGAAUCCCUUGACUCACCCUCAACUAUAACGGACAGCGGAUAUUCAGCGAGGCCGAGAUCUGCAACUUCGUCAGAAGGAAACAACCAGAGCAAUGGCAAGAAGUCCCCAAUCAACAACUCGAUACGCAAUUCUCCAAGCAGGGAGGGAAGUAAUGGAGCAAGCCCUCCUCCAAUCCACCCCACACAGCAAGGUCGUCCUACCACUGCCAUUGACCCGCUCUCUCACCAUAUCCUGAAGAGAACCAACACCGAAAAUACAAUCCCUCAGAAACUCCGAAGCUCGGGCGCGGCUGGACCAGACAGUUCACUCCCUGAAGUUGGCGGGAACCCAAUAAGCCCUGACCUACCGCCGCCCGGCAAACAACUAACGACCGAAAUAAAUCGAGGCGACAGUAAUUCCGGGAAAGAUAAAAAGAAAGGCGUGUCGUUUCUAAGCCGGUUCUCGAUAGGCGGGAAGAAGAAAGAUUCUGAGUAUUUAGAGGACGAUGAAUCAGAGCAAGGCGAUCAGCGGACUGAAGGCAUGAAUGCGCAUGUAUUCUCCUCUUCUAUUGGGGCGAAUGGGUAUAUUCCCCAGCAUAAGGAGCCACCGAGAUACAUCAAGGUUCGAGCGAAUAAUAAGAAAGACAGGGAAUUCGAUCGCAUGUUUUUGGCCCAAGAGUUGAGCGGCACAAAACAGCAUGCGUCAAGCAACGAGAAGGUGCCAGGCUUGACAACUUACGAUAUUCCGUCAACACUUGUACACAAGAUUCCCAAGUCUGCGAAAUCGAGUGGAGCAGUAUGGGCAACAGAGUUCAGCAUAUGUGGGAGAUAUUUAGCGGCAGCUGGUAAGGACCAGGUUGUCAGGGUCUGGGCUGUGAUCUCGAAUUCGGAUGAGAGACAGGCGCACGAGUACGAAGAGGAUGUAAGCUCGAGCACGUCUGGAGCAGCCAGGCUAAGCGCUCCCGUAUUCAGGUCGACACCGAUCCGAGAGUUUGAGGGACAUACAGGGGAUAUAUUGGACUUGAGUUGGAGCAAGAACAACUUCUUGUUGUCAUCCUCGAUGGACAAGACAGUAAGGUUAUGGCAUAUCUCGAGAAAGGAGUGCCUGUGCACAUUUAAACAUAAAGAUUUUGUUACCUCAAUAGCCUUUCACCCGAGAGAUGAUAGAUUCUUCUUGGCAGGGUCCCUCGACUCUAUUCUUCGACUCUGGAGCAUUCCGGAUAAAUCGGUUUCUUUUUGGAAACAGUUACCCGACCUGAUCACUGCCGUCGCAUUUAGCCCGGAUGGUAAGACAGCCAUUGCCGGUGUGCUGAGUGGCUUGUGCCUAUUUUAUGAAACGGCUGGUCUCAAUCCUCAAGGUCAGAUCCACGUGCGGUCAAGUCGCGGAAAGAAUGCGAAAGGCUCCAAAAUCACUGGUAUCCGGACGACGACAUACCCCGCGAACGAUCUCGACGGCGAAGUCAAGGUCCUCGUAACGAGUAACGACUCGAGAGUGAGACUCUAUAAUCUGAAAGACAAAACCUUGGAGAUGAAAUUCAGGGGGCACGAGAACACCUGCAGUCAGAUCAAUGCAAGCUUCAGUGACGAUGCGACAUAUGUGAUUUGUGGAAGCGAAGAUAGAAAGUCUUACAUCUGGAACACUGGGCCUAUUGACUUGGACAACAACAAAGACAAACGGCCCUUGGAGUUUUUUGAAGCGCAUUCAGCUAUGGUCACAGCGACUGCAAUUGCGCCAACAACAACACGGCAGCUACUAAGUGCUUCUGGGGAUCCAAUAUACGAUCUCUGCAAUCCACCCCCUAUAACCCUUCUCUCCCGCGAAGAAUCGAAUGCUUCUUGCAUUCCCCCUCCUGGUGCAGAUAAACGCCACUCAGACCCCAUCAGCGAGCCCGUCAAGACCCCUGCGUACCUUGCGCGCAGCACGCACAACGAUGGCCUCAUCAUUGUCACGGCCGACUACCUCGGCUCCAUCAAAGUCUUCCGCUGCGACUGCGCCUACCAGAAACGUCGCAACGAUAGCUGGGAGAACGGAUCGACCUUUUCUAAGAGAGUCAUCAGGCGCUCAGGCAGCACCAUGACGCGCACCUCGGGGGGCUCACACCGCGCCUCGGUCUCGCACAGCUCGCUUCCUGGAGGUUUGCAUUCUGAUCAGAUCCUGUCUUGGAGAAAUGAAGUCUCGGAUGGUGCUAGUACACGGAGUAGAGUCAUGACAUCCCACUCCGACCGCAGCAUUUCACCUGGCAAAUUUACCCGCAAAGCGCAAUCCCAGUUCAACCUUGCCAGCACAGCGCGCCAAACGCCCUAUGCUCCUUCGCCUAUUGCGCGCUCUUCCCCCAGUAUCUCAACCACCAGCCCGCCGCAAAGCAUUUACGGCAAGGAGAAGCGCACGCCCUCUACAUCCUCGGCUUCCAAACCGCCAAAAUCGCCCAUGCAGCCUCCAACGCCGAGCUUCGUCAUUAACCGGCAAGCCACGGACGAUAACCCUUCCAAACUCAACACAGCGCAAAAGACGUCCCAGUUCUGGAAUGUCGCGAGUUGGAAACCGCAGCCCCAGCGCAGCAGCAAUAGUGGAACCGGGAAAAAAGAAGACAAAGGUCUGCGGCCGGCGCUGGAUCGCGGCGGAAGCGUCGUCAGCAAGCUAUCUUCCGAGGAGGAGGAGUCGGGGGAGGCGGAUGGUGAUGAGAGCGAGGGGGAGAGCCUGAGUUGUAGGGAGUGCAACGGGAGGGAUUUCCGGGCGAGAAAAGUCGCGGGCAAGGGGUUGGUGAUGGCGUGUACGAGGUGUGGAGCUCAUGUUGAAUGA